AAGGAAUAUUCCAUAAUUCCAGAAAAAACUUAGAUGUUGGAGAAAUUUAUAUUUUCAAGGAAUUAUUGUGGGAAGUUUCUAAAUUUUCAUAUGCAAAAACGUUAACUUGUGGGAGAAGCAAAACUGAGAUUGGUGAAUUGACAGUGGCGUCUGAAGUUUAACAAAGGCAGCGAAAAGGAUAAACUCUGGAGAAUUUUUUUUUUUUGGUUAGGCAAAGGAAUCAGAAGAGGAAUAUUUGGUUUGGUCUUCUAAAAUUCUUUAUUCCUAUUCAAAUUCUAUACACCAAGGAGGGGCUCUACUUGCUUUUUCUACAAGUAGCCGUCUUCUUUAUCAAUCAUCAUCAUUAUCUUGUGCACAUAAAGAUAAAAUAGAUCAUUUCUUUGACCAUUCAAUCAGUUCUGUGUUCCUCCCAGAUUCAAGGCAAAUUAUCUUCUCUUCUGUGACUAAUAAGUGUUUGAUGGGGGAUACUUGCGAAAAUUCAAAUAGAGUUAAGCUUCGUGAUGGGAGACUCUUAGCUUAUAGAGAAAGUGGAGUUCCAAAGGAGGAAGCUAAGUACAAGAUUAUUCUUGUUCAUGGCUUUGGAAGCUCUAAAGACAUGAACUUCUCUGCCUCAAAAGAGCUUAUACAAGAGCUUGGAGUGUAUCUUCUAUUCUAUGACCGUUCUGGAUAUGGAGACUCGGAUGCAAACACUAAACGUUCCCUUAAAAGUGAAGUUGAUGACAUAGCAGAACUUGCAGAUCAUUUGGAGAUAGGACCUAAGUUUUACCUCAUUGGAAUCUCCAUGGGAUCUUACCCAACUUGGGGUUGUCUAAAACACAUACCUCAAAGGCUAUCCGGUGUGGCUUUUGUUGCUCCAGUUGUGAACUAUCGCUGGCCAUCGCUUCCUAAGAAGCUUAUAAAGAAAGACUACCGGAGAGGUAUUAUCAGAUGGUGUUUAAGAAUAUCAAGAUUUGCACCUGGACUGUUACAUUGGUGGGUUGUACAGAAGGUCAUACCAUCAAACAGCUCGGUUCUUGAGAGCAAUCCAGUCUACUUCAACAGCCAUGACGUGGAGGUUCUCAAGCGUACCACCGGCUUUCCCAUGCUUACCAAGGAUAAGCUACGCGAAAGAAAUGUUUUCGAUACGCUAAGAGACGAUUUUGUGGCUUGUUUCGGGCAAUGGAACUUCGAACCAGCGGAUCUAAACAUCACUGAAGAAAGCUCUGUCCACAUCUGGCAUGGGAAGGAAGACAAAGUCGUCCCGUUUCAACUUCAAAGAUGCAUUCUCCAGAAGCAGCCUUUGAUCAACUACCACGAGAUCCCUCAAGGCGGACAUCUCAUCGUCCACUACGACGGCACUUGCGACGCGAUUCUACGCUCUCUAUUGCUCGGUGAAGAACACAAAAUGUACAAACCAGUUCUUGAUUCUUGAUUCAAAAGUGUGACAAUGACAUUUACAUUAAUGUAUAUAAACUGUGUGUUUUGAACGAAGUAAAUGGAUUAGC